GCUUCAUUGGAAAGAUUACCCUCCAGAUCCCUUUCUACAGGCCUCACAGUGACCCAUGGGUCAUCUCUAUGUCCCAGCUUAAUCUAAUCAUCGGCCCUGCCCAGCUGCAGGAGUAUGAUGCAGAGAAGGAGAGAGAGGAGGAGAGAGAGCGCAAACAGCGCCUCCUCAAGGCUCUCGAAGACAAAUUCAAAAGUGAGUGUGAACAGAGAGGAGAGUCUUACUGGUACUCUGUCACUGCCUCAGUGGUCACCAGGAUUGUGGAAAACAUCGAGCUGAAGAUCCAAGAUGUGCAUCUCCGAUUUGAGGAUGACUUCUCCAACCCAGAGAAACCCUUUUCUUUUGGUGUUUGCAUCAACAAUGUUUCGGCUCAGAACCCUUUCAAAGAGUCGGAUGCGAUGACCCAGUGUAUGCAGAGUCGGGAGCAUCAGUACAUCUUUGAGCCAGUGUGUGCCUCUGUGUUGCUCAGAAGAAACGCCUCCAAGGAGCCUCUGAGGUCCCGAAACACCCCACGGAUUGAAGGCCAAGUUCAGCUGGAGCCCAUGUCCUUACGUCUGUCACAGGUCCAGUACCAGCAGAUCAUGGCGUUCCUUAAAGAGCUGGACCGCCGGGAAAGAGAGAUGCUUUACCGAAAGUGGAGGCCCAAAGUCCCCAUUUCUAAGAACUGCCGGCAGUGGUGGAUGUAUGCCAUCUUGGCCAACCUGAGUGAAAUCAGGGAGCAACGGCGGCGAGGCAGCUGGGACUUUGCCCUGCAGCGGGCACGAGACGCCCAGACCUACACCAGCCUCUACUUCAGAAGGCUCAAAGGAGUCACACUGAGUCCUCAGGAAGAGAGUGAGCUGGAGCGAGUGGAAGAGGAGCAGACGAUAGAGGAGCUGCAGAGUCUCCAAGAAAUUGUCCACGACUGGUUUCGAGAGCGUGAAGACAUUGCAGAGGGGUGAAAGUGAUUUUGGAGUCCCUCCCUCGCUCUGAGUCCUCUUUGCUGUCUGUUAAGCUGGGUGGUUUGUUCCUGAGAGACUUGACUACUCAGGGAACCAUCUUUCCUGUUCUGGUGUCUCCCAAAACGGACAAAGUUGUUGUUGCCAUCAACCAGCCCUCCAGUCAGUCUGGCAGUACCUCUGGAUGCAAUGCUGAGUGCUCUUCAUCACCAGUGUUUGAAAUGAUUUAUGAACGUAACCCUGUGAGGUGUAAGUUUGAGAGAAGACUGGAAGUGAACACCAGUCCAUUGAACAUCAUCUACAACCCACAAGCAAUCAAAAAAGUGACUGAGUUCUUUUAUAAAGGAAGAGUUCAUACCUCAGGUUUUGGCUAUCAGUCAGAGCUGGAGCUGAGAGUGGCAGAGGCAGCCAGAAGGCAGUACAACAAGCUGAAGAUGCAGACCAAGGCAGAGAUCCGACAAACCAUUGAUCAGCUACUCGUGGGAGAGUUUAUUGAAAACAGCAAGCGGUGGACCAUGAAAUUGGACAUCUGUGCCCCCCAAGUGAUUUUCCCUGAUGACUUCCAGUCAGGGGACCCAAUGUUAGUUGUUGUUGAUUUAGGCAGAAUUCUCCUUACAAACUCGCAAGAUGACACUAAGGCCAGCUCAAAAGCUACUCAACCUGAAAGGGAAGACAUGAGUGAUGAUGAAUACCAGACACCCCUGGCCACGCCCCCAGAGUCUCCUCCACCUGAACUAGACAUGCCUUUGAAAGACCAGUUCAAAAGCCCUGAACUUCCCAGCCUCAGAUCCCCAGAAAGCACACAGGCCUACAGCAGAAAGCUCUACGAAAAAUACUCCUUGUCUUUUAAGGACCUGCAGAUAAUGGUUGGUCGCUGUAAGGACAACUGGAAACACCUUCAAGAGAGUGAGGUAGGGCCUACUCAUGUGGUGGAGAAGUUUAAUGUACUGUUGCAGCUUGAGCAGAGAUUGCGCUACACGUCGGACCCCCAGCUCCCUGGGGCUGUGCUGUCAGGAACCCUACCAGACCUCAAGGUCCAUAUCAACCUUGAGAAGAUGACCGCCCUUAGGAGUUGUUUGGCUAGGCUAAGUAGUCCAUCUGUAAGUAAAGGGGACAAAAGCCAAGAGAGAGGCCCAAAUAUAAGGUCUCCUGACCCUCUUACCCUCCGCCAUGACAAAAUCUUUCAGAAGGAGGACAGCUCCUGGAAGCUGCAAGGUUCAGCCAAGAACCUGACCCAGAGUGUGAUGACUUUAGAACAGCACACAAGGGAAGUCCUGGUGGAAUCCCGUCUACUAUUAGCUGAAUUUAACAUUAACUACAUGCAGCUUGGUGUAGAGAGUGAUGGCCGUUACAUAUCUGUCCUCAAGGUAUUUGGCACAAAUGCUCAUUUUGUCAAGCGGCCUUAUGAUGCUGAAGUCUCUCUGACUGUCCAUGGUCUACUGCUGGUGGACACCCUACAAACCUAUGGCUCAGACUUUGACCUCCUUGUGGCUUCUCAUAAGCAUCUCAGUUUUGACAUACCCACGGGAAGCCUCCGAGAGAGCCAGCCUUCGUCCCCUGUGUCGUCUGAUGGCAAGUCUCCCCCGCAUCAGGGCCAUCAUACUGAGUCGUCCUCUGGUAGGCCCAUGGAUCAACUUUCCCCCUUCAGUUCCUUUCUGAAAGACCAGGAGGCCCUGAUUAAGCUUGAGUACCAGUUUGUGAGCUCAGACUGCCCCUCAAUGAACCUGGACAGCUCCCUUCAGGUUACAAGCAUGCAGGUCAAUAACUUGGACAUCAUUCUCAACCCUGAGACCAUGGUAGAGUUGCUCAAGUUUCUCCAGAAGUCUUUCCCCAAAGAGGAAAGCACCUGGACAUCAUCAACGCAACAACAUACAAAACAGCCUUACAGUGAGGAGGGGGGGGGGGCAUAUCAGGCCACCUAUGACCAGAACAAAGAGCUGACUGUGGAGAUCCAUCGCCUUAACCUGCUUCUUCUUCGGACCGUGUCCACUGGGACUGUCCUGGGUGCUGAGAAGAAAGGGUUGAAGAUUGCAACUGCUAGCGUCACUGGAACCAAGGUCAAUGUGUCUAUGGGCAGUCGGUUGGACAUCAAUGGUUCACUUGGCUCCAUGCAGUUGGCUGACCUGACCCAGGAAGGAGGCCGAAUCCAGUUUGUGGUCAGUAUUGGCAGUGUUGAAGAUAGCUCCUCAACUCUUGGAUUAACAUUCCUUGCUGACACAGGAGGUUCUCCCUCUGAGGCUUUAAAUUUUCGCCUUAUGGAGAAAACCCAAGGGGAGUGUUCCUUACUACUUCAAAUGGCAUCCUUGCACUACAACCACUCAGCUAAGUUCCUGAAGGAGCUGAGUCUGUCUGCCAAUGAGGUAGAAGACAAUUUCCGCUCCAUGCUGAAAAGUGCUGCUACCAAAGUGUCAACAGUUCUAGCAACCAAGACAGCAGAGUACAGUGGUAUGGUUUCACUCUUUGAAACACCCUCACGAAGAACUCGAACUCAGAGUCAGAGCUGGGCUUAUCCAUUUGAGGAUGAGGAUGAUCUCCCCAUGGAAGAACCCGAAUCCACCCUAGACACGUUCUUGGUAAAGCUGACCCUUAAUAUCAGCAUUGACUCACCAGUUGUGUCCAUUCCCCGUAAACCUGGACACCCUGAGCUUUUGGUUGGUCAUCUGGGAAGCAUAACAAUCCAAAAUUUUGUUACUGGGCAAGACUCCGAAGCUGAAAGAUUGCAGGUGUUAGUGAAGGAUAUUCGACUGUAUUCACUCAACAUGAGUCAUUUGGUUUUGAAGAGGGUACCUAGAGGGAAUUUUGCCAGCAGCAUGUCACCAUCCCACAAUGGGAGCAUCGACCAGGAUGAACCACAGUUCACACGUCAUGACUUCUUUGAAUCCCUCAGCCGCGGUAAAGCCUUCCACAUAUUGAAAGACACAACUAUACAAUUCACCCUGGAGAAAGUUCCCGUUGAUGAAGAUACUGAGUUUACCUUCCUCACCACAGAGGAGCCUUGCAGGAGCACAGGGUUACUGAGAAUCGAGGGCAAAUUUGUCAACCCUGUUCAGGUGUUCCUGUGCAAGCCUGUGUAUGAACAAGUCCUCCAGACACUGGACAAUUUGUCCCUGAUUGAAGAGCAGCGUGUCACGCCCAGCCAACCGCCCACACCCCCACCACCAACUCCUUCCUCCACCAGACCUCACCGUUUUCCUGACCCCCAGGGAGGGCUGUUUGCAAGAGACCCCCCCCAUAUCAACUUCUCCCACUCAUCGCUUUCUUCCCCUUUGCCUUUACAGUCUCACAAACCUGCUCUUGACUCUCCCUCCUUCACUCAGCUAAAAGUCACCUUACAUGUGGCAGAAUUACAAGUCCAGCUCAGUGCUGACCUAACCCAAGGCUCCCAGGGCUUAGUCAGUCUGCGUUUCCAAGAUCUGGAAGGAGACUUUACCAAAGACCAUCCUCACCUACUGGCAGUCCAGCUGGCUCUGCGCUCGCUGCUAAUGGAGGACCUCCUAGAGCAGAACCCUGAAUCUAAGUACAAACAUUUGAUGGUGUCUCGUGGAGCCCCCAAACCCUCCACGUUCAGUCCAAAGGAGUAUCUUUCUCAAAGCUGUCCAUCAGCAUCCAACGCCCUGUACCCAGACAUGCCUCGUUCACUGCCUGCCCACAUGGAGGAGGCCAAGAACGUCUUCCAACUCUACCAGAGACAUCCCAGCACCCCUUCAGCCAGUCGUAAAUCUAAGAAGGACCCGGACUGUCCCAGCACUCCACCUCCCUCUCCUACCCACCAUACACUGUCUCCUCAGCCACCCUCAGACUUUGAUGACUCAUUAGUUCAUAUCAAUGUGCUGCUGGUGGACCAGAACCACCCAGAGUUCAAAACGCGCUAUGGAAGUGUGGGAAGAAGUGUUGAUGUCGACUUUAACUGCCUGGACGUCUUGAUUACACUACAGACCUGGGUGGUUAUCCUGGACUUCUUUGGCAUUGGCUCCACAGCCAACAAUCACGCAGUGAAGGUGCACCCUAUGUCACCUCAACCUGUACCAGGACAUCCUCUGUAUGAAUCAGACAUCAGUGAGGAUGAAACAACAGAGGCUGUCAACACUAAAGUGGACCUAAAGGUUCAUUCUUUGUCUCUUAUACUGAACAAGAAACUCAAUGAGCUUGCCAGAGCUAGUGUGUCCAAAUUAUCUGCUCAUCUGGAAAUGUUAGAUGGCGACCUGGCAUUACAAGGCAGUUUAGGAAGUUUGUCCCUGAGUGACCUUACCCCACAUGGUGAUCUCUACCGAGAACGCUUCACCACACGGGGAGGGGAGGCCCUUAUUUUCAACAUCCUUAAGUACGGCCAGCCCGAUCCUUACCUGAAGCGGGAAUGUGACAUCAAGGUUUCCUUGCAGAUGGCCUCAGUGCAGUAUGUCCACACCCAACGCUUCCAGGCCGAGGUGGUGGCCUUCAUCCAACAUUUCACCCAGCUACAAGAUGUACUUGGAAGGCAGAGGGCUGCAAUGGAGGGCCAGGCUGUACGGGAUCAUCCUCAGCGAGCGUCCAGGGUUCUGUUGGAUAUUGAGGCUGGCGCCCCAGUUAUUCUCAUCCCAGAGAGCUCACGGUCACCAAGGGUCAUCGUGGCCAACCUCGGCCAGCUGAAGGUGCAGAACUGCUUCCUACCAGCUGGGGCUCAUGGGACUUUUUCCCUCAAAGACAAGGUAGAGAAACUCACCAUGGCACAUGCCUUUUUUCCUUCUCUGGAGCGUGUCCAGAGUGCAGCAGGGCGGACUAGUGAGCAGGAGAGGCCUAGAGCCUCCCCCUCCAGCUCCUCCUCCACAGGGUUCACCCUUGGCAGGCCACAGGCCCCAGGCACAGGGAGGACCCCUGAGGAGUAUGACGCUCAAAGCUUAGAAGACCAUGUGUGCCUGUUGGACUGCAUUGCCUUCGACCUGCAGGAGAUGGAUAUAUUUGCUGCAGAGCAUCUUCCCUGUCAGCCAUGGGACAGUAGUGGUAAACCUCCAGAAUCCACAGACCUCAUCUUUCCUUCGUACUUUGUCCGUCGCACCGGAGACAACCUGCUUAAGGACUGCUGCCGCCUCAAACUUAAAGUGGAACGCAACCUGGACAAGGAGCUAAGCCAUGCAGUUCCUGACAUGUCCAUCCAUGGCAGCCUGUCAUCAGUACACUGCUCUCUGGACCUGGAGCACUACCAGCUGAUCAGAGGGCUGCUGGAGAACAACCUGGGAGAGCCUGUUGAAGAUUUCCUGCGACCCUACAACCUGCAGGACCCCAGCACCUAUAUUCAGUUUCCUGCUCUGGACAUCCGUCUGUCCUACAAUGACAUUCAGCUCUUCUUGGCCAUCACCAAGUCCAUCCCUACUGCCAGCACUCCACUGCCCUCUGACUCUGACACCACUACUGCACCCCACACGGAUCCCCCUGCUACACCCAAAGACAUCUUCAGGCAGAAGACUGAGGCCCUCAUAGCGAGCCAGCUGACCCAUUUACAAGACCUUGGCUUCAGGAAAGAGGACUGCAAAAGAGCCCUGAUCAACUGUAAAGGCCAGCUGGACCAGGCUGCCACGUGGCUUCUGGAGAAUGCUGAGAACAUGGCAGGUCAUCCCAGAGCCAGAGCUGACUCCAGCUCCAGCAGCCACUCGGCUCCACUGUCUGGGGUGGAGGUGAAGGCUGAGAGUGUCUGCAUCUGUUUUAUCGAUGACUGUCUGGACUGUGACAUUCCACUGGCUGAGCUCACCUUCUCCAGGCUUUAUGUGCUGCAGCGCAUUGGUUCCACCCAGGAAGGCAAUGCCAGCUUCACUCUGUCUGGAGACUACUAUAACAGAGAGCUGUCAGGCUGGGAGCCCUUCAUCGAGCCCUGGCCUUGCUUCUUGUCCUGGCAGCAGCAGGCUGCUGGCCGUCUCCACCCUCCACGUCUCAAGAUGGGGAUUCGAGCCAAGCAGAGACUAGACAUCAACAUCACUUCUGUCCUGUUGGAACAAUACAACACCACCAAGAGCUCCUGGAUAGCUGACUACUGUAAUGAACAGACCCCCCAGUCCCCCCCCCCCNNCCCCCUGCCCUGGAUGGGCUCAUCAGUCGACCCACCUAGCUGUGGACAGAGUGCUCCUCUUGCUCACCUUAGAACUAGGAGCACAGCCAGCUUGACCUGCCUCGAGCAGCAGAUUCACUCCAGAGCUGAAGUUAAGCUGUCCAAGAGGAGGCAGCCAUUCGUGGCCUACGCUCUCCGCAACCACACAGGAUGCACCAUGUGGUUUGCCACCCUGACUACAACCCCCACAAGGGUGGCGCUGUCUCACAGCAGCAGUGCAGACUCCAUCUCAGAUGUCCACGGUCCAGGAACUGAUGACACUCACAAUGUCAGCCAAUGGAGAGAGGUGCUGCCUGGGGAGGAGAUUCCCUUUGAGUUUGAAGCCCGCGAGAAGCUCCGCCACCGACACACUCAUGAGCUGAAGCUGCACCAGCUGCUGGUUCGGGUGUGUGGAUGGGAGCAGGUUAAGCCGGUGUCUGUGGACAAAGUGGGCGUUUUCUUCCGUUAUGCAGCUGCAGACAGAAACAACUCUUCCAACACUGUUGGCAGUCCUAUCAGCAGGACCAACAUCAUUCACCCUCAUGUUUAUUUCUCGGCCCUGCCUCCGGUCAGAGUGGUCUUCUCCAUCACAAUGGAGGGCAGUGCAAGGAAGGUCAUUACUGUCCGCUCAGCCCUCAUGGUGAAGAACCGGCUAGAUGUCCCUAUGGAGGUCAGACUCGACAGUCCCUCUGCUCCUGACAAACCAGUGAUGUUGCCUCCUAUUCUGCCUGGCCAGGCCUUGGCAGUCCCCCUUCACCUGACAUCGUGGCGGCUGCAGGCUCGGCCCACAGGCCUAGGCUUGUUCUUCUGUAAGGUUCCCAUCCACUGGACCAGCGUGGAGCGACCCGGAGAGAUCAGCAGCAGUAAGAGGGAGUGUCAGUCAGCAGACUUUGACGACAACCUCAAGCGUAACUUCAGGUUUUGUGUGGUCAUCAAGAAGGAGAACUACCCGGAGCAGCAGCCUGCCAAGAGGGUUUCUGGCAGUGCCAAGCAGAUCUACCGCCAGCCAGGCCACACCAUCUAUCUGCUGCCCACCAUGGUACUGGCCAACCUGCUGCCCUGCGAUCUCAACUACUACAUCAAAGGAACGUCCAUUAAAGGCUCGCUGAGACCAGGGAAAGAGGCCGUGCUCCACCCUGCGGACACCUCGCAGAACAUGGAGCUAGGAGUCCUACUUGAGAACUUCCCUGUGUGCAAAGAGCUGCUAAUUCCCCCAGGAACUCAGAACUAUGUGGUACGCAUGAGGCUGUAUGACACCAACAAACAUCUGCUUUGCCUCACUAUUCGCAUCAUCCUGCGAGCACAAGGGGCACUGAAGAUCCUGAUUUCGGCCCCCUACUGGCUUAUCAACAAGACCGGUCUGCCAUUAAUUUUCCGUCAGGACAAUGGCAAAGCUGAUGCAGCAGGACAGUUUGAGGAGCAUGAGUUGGCCCGAAGCCUAAGUCCAUUACUGUUCUGCUACACUGACAAGGAGCAGCCUGCUAUGUGCACGAUGCGAAUUGGAAAAGGGAUCCACCCAGACGGAGUUCCAGGCUGGUGCCAGGGCUUCUCCCUGGAUGGAGGGAGUGGAGUCAGGGCAGUGAAGGUCAUUCAGCACGGGAACAGGCCUGGCCUCAUCUACAACAUAGGUUUUGAGCCGUUGAUGCUGAGGAGGCCGGACUCACGCCGCAGCACCACCCAGACGUGGUACUUCAGCUCAGGGAUGCUGACCUGCGGCCUUCCCCGGCUGGUAGUACAGGUAAAAGGCGGGGUGACAGGCCUGUAUGAUGGAGCAGAGGUGGUGCUGGGACCAGAUUCAGGGCUGCUGGAGCCUGGUCCAGAGCAGCAGUUCAUCAACCAGAAGAUGAGGCCCGGUUCUGGGGUGCUGUCAGUUCAGGUGCUUCCAGAUGGACCCACACGUGUCCUGCAG